AUGGCUGGCGGAAUGGGCGCGCCGCUCGCCGUUGCCAUUUUCUUCAUGCUACCCCUCUACACCUCCUCCACCGGAGAUAUAAGACACCACGGCACGUCACGCUCCCGGGGAUGGCGGGCAGGUGUUCAGCCGUCAGCGGACGUCACUGCCAACAACUCGGUGAGCAACGUCACCGCACAGUUGGGGGGCACAGCCUACCUCCACUGCUUAGUGGGGCACCUGAGCGAAAGGGGGCAAGUCUCCUGGAUUAGGAAGCGCGACUGGCACAUUCUCAGCUCAGGGAAAUUCACUUACACGAACGACGAACGGUUCCAGGUCCUGCAUGGCGAAGGCUCUGAAGAUUGGACUUUGCAGAUCAAGUUUGUACAAAAGAGGGACAAUGGAACUUACGAAUGUCAGGUGUCCACGCGCACUGGAAUCGUGUCGCACUACGUAAAGCUACAGAUCGUGGUGCCUGAAGCUUUCAUUUUGGGCUCCGGCGAGCAUCAUGUCGACUUGGGCAGCGUCAUACACCUCAUUUGUAUCGUCGAAAAGAGCCCGACCCCCCCGCAGUACGUGUUCUGGUACCACAACGACCGCAUGAUCAACUACGACGCGACCCGCGGCGGGAUCACCGUGGAGACGGAGCCCGGACCCCGAACGCAGUCCCGGCUCACCGUUCGCGGCGCCACGCUCAAGGACUCCGGGAACUACACCUGCAGCGCCAGCAACACCGAACCGGCCUCCAUACACGUGUUCGUCUCUGAAGGAAGCAACAAAAUGGCGGCUAUACUGCGUCGCAACACCAGCGCCAUUCACGGAAUCACCUCGAGCGUCACCUGCCUGCUGCUACUCUCAUCAGUGAUGAUCCAUUUCGGCCUACGA